AUGGCCCCCUCCGCCGUCCCCCAGCAGGACGUCAACCUGACCGGCGCGGCCAUCCAGCGCAAGGAAGCCAGCGUGCCCAACGGCGACGGCGGUCAAAAGGCGGCCCUGGACGCCUCCAGGCUCACCUACUCGCUGACCAAGUCGCCUCGACCCGUGCCCGACGAGGCCACGGCCAACGCGGGCGACGAGACUGUCGCCACCGACCACAUGGUGACGGCUACGUGGAAGGCGUCGACGGGCUGGGGCGUGCCCGAGCUCAAACCCUACGGGCCCCUGAGCCUCAUGCCGACGGCAUCGUGCCUGCACUACGCCACCGAGUGCUUCGAGGGCCUCAAGGUCUUCCGCGGCCACGACGGCAAGCUCCGCGUCUUCCGGCCGGACCGCAACUGCGCCCGCAUGCGCAUGUCGGCCGGGCGCAUCUCCCUGCCGCUCUUCGAGCCCGCCGAGCUGGAGAGGCUCGUGGUGGCGCUGCUGUCCGUCGACGGCCCUCGCUGGCUGCCCGCCUCCCGGCCGGGCAACUUCCUCUACAUCCGCCCGACCCUCAUCGGCACCCAGUCGCAGCUGGGCGUCCAGGCGCCCAAGGAGGCCAUGCUCUACAUCAUCGUCACCUUCAUGCCGCGCAUGGACUCGCCCCCCGGCGGCAUGCGCCUGCACACCUCCCCCGAGGACAUGGUGCGCGCCUGGGUCGGCGGCUUCGGCUACGCAAAGGUCGGCGCCAACUACGGGCCCUCGCUCGCGGCCACCCAGGACGCUCGCCGCCGCGGCUUCCACCAGAUCCUGUGGCUGUACGGGCCCCAGGGCGAGUGCACCGAGGCCGGCGCCUCCAACUUCUUCGUCGUCUGGCGCCGCAGGGACGGCCGCACCGAGAUCGUCACCGCCCCGCUCGACGACAAGCUCAUCCUCGACGGCGUCACCCGCCGCAGCUGCCUGGACAUUGUGCGCGAGCGCAUCCCCGCCUCCGAGGUCGUCGUCACCGAGCGCAAGUACACCAUUGACGAGCUGGUCGAGGCGGAUGCCGAGGGCCGCCUCCUCGAGGCCUUUGCCGCCGGGACUGCUUACUUUAUCUGCCCGGUUUCGCAGAUCCACCACCGCGGCAAGGACAUCAACAUCCCCAUGGGGCCCGAGGGCAAGGCCGGCGAGGUGACGACCAAGAUCAAGACGUGGAUCAGCGACAUCAUAUACGGCCGCGAGCAGCACCCCUGGGGCGUCGUCAUCCCCGAGAAGAAGGAGCAGUGA